AUGCCAGAGCCAGGCGCACACUGCCAGACCAAAGAGCUCGCCGCGAGUAAUGUUGCCGAGAACCUCACCUCGCUUGCCAUUCCUGCCUCCGAUGCAGAUGACGUCGGCAAACCUACCAAAUUCUCAUGGCCUCGCAAGAUACACAUCGUCCUCGCCGGAAUCACAUGCACCUUCAACACCAACCUGGGAUCCUCAAUGCCGUCAGGUGCCCUUGUGGCCAUAGCCAAGCAGUUCUCCAUCACAAACAGCCUCCAUUUCGUGCUAUUAAACUCCAUUUACAUGUCCGGCUAUGUACUCGGGCCGCUCCUCUUCGGCCCAAUGAGCGAGUACCUUGGCCCUCCCUCGUACCCGGCGCUGGUCAUCUUCCGACUUCUAUGCGGCAUCUGUGCCUCCGCCCCCCACAGCGUCAUUGGCGGCCUCUACUCGGAUAUUUUCGACAACCCGUCCCAUCGGGGCACCGCCAUGUCGCUUUACAUGUCGGCGACCAACGUGGGACCGCUCAUGGGGCCUCUAAUAUCCGGGUUCUCGUCGCAGAUAUCGUGGCGCUGGCCGUUUUUGCUGGCCGUUUUUAUCGCGCUGCCCGGGCUGCCGCUGGUGCUUUUGAUGCCCGAGACAUUUGCGCCGGUUCUGUAUAGGAGAGCCGUUCGAAAGGACAAGCGAGAAGGGGGGGUGGCAAGUACUGCGGAUGUCGCUUUGAAUGACGGUGUUUUGGAUCCUCGCAAGGUUUUCGUCCGUCCCGCCAAGCUCAUCACCACGGAGCCGAUUCUUCUCUUUACAGCCUUGUAUAUUGCCCUUGCGUAUGCUAUCAUGUAUCUCACAUUUCAGGCGUAUCCCAUCAUCUACCAAGAUCACUAUGGCCUUUCUCCCGGUGUUGCUGGACUAGCAUACCUGCCGAUCUUGGUUGGCGUCUUUAUCGCAUUCCUUCUUGGCUUGGCCUAUACUUGGUGGCAUGAUAAGGCUUGUGCUGCUGGCAAACAGUGGACUCAACGAGAGGUAUAUCGGCGGCUUCCCAUAGCGUGUUUUGCGGCACCAUGGCUUGUAAUUUCCUCGUUUUGGGUCGGGUGGACUGCCUGGCCCGGCUCAAUAGCCCCAAUUGUCCCGAUGAUCGGCGGCCUUUUCUUUGGUCUAGGUUCCCAGUUGCUCUACAUCGCCAUGAUCAACUACAUUACAGACAUUUACCGUGACAGAUCCGCAUCCGCACAUGCCGCUGCCAGUGUGACUCGGUCAAUUGGAGCUGUGCUUCUCCCCUUGGCUGCUAGGCCUAUGUACAGAGACCUGGGGAUUCAUUGGGCCCCGUCGUUGUUGGGAUUCUUUUCCUUGUUUAUGGGCAUUAUUCCAUUUGCUCUUAUCCGCUACGGUGAUAAGUUGGUUCAAAAAAGCAGAGCCAAGCAAUAG